AUUUUGCGCAUAGAAAUCAUUUAGUAAAUGUAUUGAUAACCCAACAACACAGACCCAGAAAAGGAAAAAUAGGAAAAUCCAGCAGUCAAAGGCGGAGUUGGACUCUACCGCCAUAUUUGAUAUUUCAGGUACCAUAGGCGCCCGGGAAAAUUUGUUUAUUUUUUUAAUAUUAUUCUCGGGUCGCCGAAAAACCUCUGAAAAUGGCUAGCGAGAUCGUGAUAAUAUUCGACUUCGACCGGACGCUGAUAGACGACGAUUCUGACAGAUGGGUUAUUAAAGGAAUGGGUCUGACCCACUUGUUCAAUCAGCUCCGACCCAUUCUAUCUUGGACAUCUCUCAUGGAUAGGAUGGUUAAGGAACUACACUCACAGGGAAGAACAGUAAAAGACAUUGCUGAGUGUUUAAAAGGGGUUCCAUUGCAUCAACGUACUGCUGCAGCCAUUAAAUCUGCACAUGCUUUGGGAUGUGAUCUAAAGGUGGUUAGUGAUGCUAAUAAGUUCUACAUUGAGACUAUAUUAAAGCAUCAUGGACUGUAUGACUGUUUCUCAGAGAUCAUCACAAACCCAACUCUGGUGGAUGAACAUGGAAGGCUUCAGAUCUUCCCUUACAAUGACUUGGCGUCACCUCAUGGUUGCCAUCUCUGCCCUUCCAACAUGUGCAAGGGUAUUGUUAUUAAGCGGAUCCAAGCUUCAAUUGCUCCGCAUAGGGAGGCCAAAUUCAUAUAUCUUGGGGAUGGAAACGGUGAUUUCUGCCCAAUUCUGAAGCUUGGUAAAGGAGACCGCGCGUUGCCUCGAAAGCAUUAUCCUUUAUGGGAACUUAUCAGGAGCAAUCAAGAGUUUGUUGAAGCAGAAGUUCAUGAAUGGUGCAAUGGUGAAGAACUUGAGCACAUCCUUCUUGCACUGAUUGACAGAAUCUCUGGUGAAGACAUCAAAAAGGCACCGGUGGAUGAAAGUCGUUAGCAUGGUAUAAAUGGAUUAUGCCAGUGACUACUGCACAAGCCCAUAAAUCCAUAAUCAACUUUUGCGCUGUCGUCUAUCUCUCAACUUGGUGCUAAUUACCAUUCUGGAGGGGUCCCGGCCUUAUUGCAUCAAAUUUGAUCUUCUGUGCUAGUUUGCUGUAGUAGAAUGACCUAAAUAUCCAUUAACUCUUUCUUCUGAGAUCGGAUACCAUUUAGAGAAACAAAGAGGAGAAUCUUUACAACCCAAUCAAGUAAAAGGGUGAGAAUAAGUUCCUCUUUGCAAUGCAAACUCAAAUUUGCCCAGAAUCUGCUAUCAACUUAUCUUCUUGAAGAAGAAAACGAAGAACAAAACACCUGUUAAGAUUUUAUAUUUACGCCUUUCAAAGCUAGACAGAUGAUAAACGAUUGUACGCAAGGGAUAGGACUAUCAUGAAUGAAUGAGAUUCCUUUGUGAUGUGAAGAGUAGGGAAAAUCGUUCAAAAUAUCUCUCAUAUUUUGUAAAAUAAUUUUUUUCAUCUU